AUGGCUGGGGUCUGGAAAGAAGACGGGUCCUACGAAUAUGCUCCGGGCGAGCGUGCCAGGCUAAAAGGCAAAGAGAAAGGCAAAGACAAGGGCAAGGGCAAAGGAGACAAAGGGAAAGGAGACAAGGGAAAGGGAGAGAAAGGCAAAAGCAAAGGCAAAGAGAAGGGGAAGGACUCCAUGACUGCUGCAGAGCGUCUUGCCUUUGCCCAGGGAGCAUUGUCAGCAGAAGGUCCUGCAGCCAAGAAAGCGCGUGUUGGCGAGCCUGGCGCGGACGAAGAGGAGGAGGAGGAGGAGCUCCCUGAAUUCGACUUCGAAAAGGACUGGAAAGAGAAGCCAGUUGCACUCCUGAACCUCAAGGGAGCAAAGGAUCUCAAUGGGCUCAUGGGUGUGGUGAAAGAGUACAACGAAGAAACAAAGAGGUUUCUCGUUAGUGUGGAGGGUGGCAAGGGCGAGAAGAGCAUCAAGAUGGAAAACAUCUUCAAGGUUAUGACAGGAUGCAUCGUAAAGCUGCGUGGCCUGGACGCCAUCGAGUUGAAUGACUGCAUUGGCGAAUGUGGGCGGCUGGAUGUAGAGAACCUGAGAUAUGACAUCACGCUAUCUGAUGGACGCCAUAUCAAAGCGAAGCCUGCCAAUGUUGAGCUUGUGGCCAAGUACGAAUCUGCCAAGGUUGCGGGUGAUACAUCUCAGAUGGACCGCAUCAGGGCGGCCAAUGGCCUUCGGGAUCGGUUGACUGCUGUGGAGGAGUUCGACUUCCCCACUCCCAUGGUGCCUUGGGCACGUUUGGGCACGUCUUGCCUGCUUUAG